AUGGACCUGCCUCUGAUAUCCAACUUCGUCCAGAGCUCCAUAGACGCUGCAAUGGCCGAAUACGUCGCACCCAAGUCCCUCACGCUCGACUUGAAGGACAUGCUUAUGGGCGACGACUUCAAAAAGGACACAGCUGCUCGUGGAGUCAUUGUGGUCCGGAUCAUCCGCGCUUUUGACUUCAAGGAAGGCGACGCUGGGUUCCUGUGGAAGAAAGGUUCGACUGACGGCUAUGUCUCGGUGGGCUGGGCCAAGUUCAGCAAGCCAUUGUGGUCAACGAGGAUCAUCCAGUCGGAAAUGGAGCCAGCUUGGGACGAAACGGCCUACGUGCUUGUGACCGCGGAUGAGUUGAACGUUGAAGAACGCCUGCGUGUCCAGCUGUGGGACUCUGACCGCACGACCGCCGACGAUGACCUGGGAAGGAUCGAACUGGACAUCAAGCAGCUAAUGCGGUCGUCUGAAAGUCGUGGCAAGAUGAUGGACAGAGUAGACGGCUUCAAAGCUCUCACUGCUGGCGAAACCAUGCCGGGGCGCUUGGAGUGGAGUGUUGGAUACUUUCCAAAAGUCCGUGUGCUCGACUCGCAGCUGGCCCAGCAGGAGGCAGACCCUGAGAUCCGUUCUGUGGACCAGUUGAAGAAGAUUGUUGAUGAGGAAAGCGAACGGAAACUUCGCGAAUCGAAGAAGGACGAGUCCACUGAACUCAAGCAACAGAAGGCGCAGGACUUCAAGGAGAGGCAAGACCAACUGCUCAUAUCUUCACCUCCAACGCAAGAAUACCCGAGCGGAAUCCUCUCGAUCACCAUCCAUCAGAUCACAGGACUCGAACUCGAGCCCAUCAAUAAGAACAAAGCUAGCAAACACGAGGCAGAUAGCGACGAAGAGCAAGAGGGGGAUGACCUACCGAGUUCGUACUGCACCAUCAUCAUCAAUCAUGGGAAGGUCUUUCGGACGAGGACGAAGCCCAAAAACUCACAGCCCUUUUUCAACGCCGGCUGUGAGCGCUUCAUCCGUGACUGGAGAAAUACCGACAUCCACAUUUCAGUGCGGGACUCCCGAGUCCACGAAGAUGACGCACUCCUCGGGAUGGUGUAUUUGCCGCUGAGUAGGGUCUUGGCGAAUCGAUCCCAGGUCAAUGCCUUCUUCCCGUUGUCCGGCGGCGUUGGGUACGGGCGCGUUCGUAUUUCCAUGGUCUUCCGCUCAGUCUAUCUGCAAGCGCCACCCAGUAUGCUUGGCUGGGACUACGGUACGCUGGAAGUCGUGCCGAGGACGGAAUCGACAAACCUUCCCCCGGAUUUCAAGAAUCUACGCUUGAAGGUCAGGACGAACCUUGGGCGAGGCAAAAUGUACUAUUCCACCUCAAGUACCGGUGAAACCCAACCGCAACGCCCCGGUGGUGUGUGGACGAGCAGGCGCACCAAGCCACUCAAGCUCGCGGUUCGCAAGCGCUAUGCCAGCCCCGUCAUUGUUGAAUUCAAGAAGCCGAAGUCUGUGCUGGAUGGUCUGCAGGCUUACGGCGUCUUUUGGCUCAAGGGAAUACCGGACAAUGAGGAGCAAACCAUUACUGUCCCCAUCUGGAAAGGUGGUGACAUGAAGCAUGCGUUAACGUGCUGCGCAGACGAGAUACGAGGGGCCACAAAGGUCGGUACAGUGGCCCUUCGCGUCACGUUCUGGAGUGGUUUGUCCGGCUAUCAUGUCCCACUAGCUUCCAAAGACCCCAACAUUGCGCAGGUCAUGGAGGUGUUGGACACGGCACAUGACAACGACGAGAUGGAUUUUGACAUUGGCGAUGGUGGAAGCUCAAGCAGCAGCAGUUCUUCAAGCAGCGACGACAGCGACGACGAAAGCGGCUACGGCAAGGCCGUAGAUGGUGAUGUCACGCCCACAACCUCUGCGAGUCGAUGCAGUGGUGAGAGCGCAGGUAGCAGCAGAUCAGAUAGCCUCAGCAAGAACGGGAAGAGGGGGCUGGCGGCAUCGGUCAAGGAGUAUAAGAAAAAUAGGAAGCACCUACACCGAAAGAAUCGCGGCUUGAUGCAGUGGAAAGGUCCAAGGACACUGCAAUGGAUGAAGCACAAGGUUGAGCAUGGAGAAAAGAGGGUCGAGACUUUGUUCAAGCACCAGGAGCGCGAACCUGGAAUCGAGACUGAGGUCUAA